GCCGCGACGCGCGUGCUCAAGACGGUCGCGAACGACGGCGACGCGUACGACGUCCUGAACGUGUCGCCGUCGGACUCGAGCGCGGUCGUCAAGAGGGCGUUUUGGAAGCUCUCGCUCAUGGUGCACCCGGAUAAGUGCGAGCACGCGCGCGCGGCGGAGGCGUUCGACGUCGUCAAGAAAGCGCACACGUCGCUGUCCGACCCUUCCGAGCGGUCGAUCAUCGACGGCAAGCGCGAGGAACGCUCCGCGCGCGAGGGGUUUCAAGAG